AUGGUCAGCGCCAAGAUCCUCGCCGCCGUUGCCGGCCUCGCUGUCAGCGUCUCUGCUGCCGCUGUUGAAAAGCGUGCCUCUUGUGUUUACACUUGCGGCAGCACCUGCUACUGGCAGUCUGACAUUGACGCUGCCCUGAACAAGGGAUACAGCCUGUACUCUUCUGGUCAAGAAGAAAACUCCUACCCUCACCAGUACAAUGACUACGAGGGCUUCAGCUUCCCUACUUCUGGCCCCUGGUACGAGUUUCCGAUCCUGAACAGCUUCCAAGUCUACACUGGUGGCAGCCCCGGUGCCGACCGUGUCAUCUUCGACUCCGAUGGCAACUUCGACUCCGUCAUCACCCACACCGGUGCUAGCGGCGAUGACUUCGUUGCUUGCAAGCAGGACUAA